CUUUAGACUGUAGCAAUUACUGACCCUUAGGAGAUUUUUUUCCCACAAGGGUGUGUUUAGAAAACCCAACGGCAAAAUGAAAGUUACAGCCCAUAAUGGGUGUGUGGUCCUUGCUAUGUGCUGCAAAAUCCCUCAGUGAAAGUCCUGAGAUUCCAAGGAGGUACCAAUUUCUGACCAUCGACACGCGGCACAGCUCUCUAGGGAGACAUCCCAAAGCAGUCAGGUUGAUCCAGAAGAUUAUGGCCGCCACUGACCUGUACACCAAGGGGGCGUGCGUCUGGUUACCGGACCCAGAUGCAGUGUGGAUUUCUGGCCAACUUCUACAGGACCUCCAGCUGGAAGCCGGACACCUCCUGCUGCAGCUCAGUGACGGCAGGGAAGUGCGGCAUUCUGUGGCAUCGCCAUCUGAUCUCCCUCCGCUGGGUAACCCUGAAAUCCUGGAGGGGGAGAAUGACCUCACCUGCCUCAGCUUCCUCCAUGAACCGGCUGUAUUGCACAACCUGCGCGUGCGGUUCCUUGACUACAACAACAUCUACACCUAUUGUGGAAUUGUCCUGGUGGCCAUCAAUCCCUAUGAGCAGCUUCCCAUUUAUGGCGAGGAGGUGAUCGACGCCUACAGUGGCCAGGAUAUAGCCGGCAUGGAGCCGCAUAUCUUCUCUGUGGCUGAGGAAGCGUACAGGGCCAUGAUCAGAGAAAAGAAGAACCAGUCCAUUAUAAUCAGUGGGGAAUCUGGCUCUGGGAAGACAGUUUCGGCGAAGUUCACCAUGCGCUACUUUGCCGUGGUGGGGGGCGCAGCCCAGCAGACCAGUGUGGAGGAGAAGGUCCUGGCUUCCAACCCCAUUAUGGAGGCCAUUGGAAAUGCCAAGACUACCCGUAAUGACAACAGCAGCCGUUUCGGAAAGUACAUCGAGAUUGGUUUUGGAAACCAUGGGGACAUUAUUGGGGCAAACAUGAGGACCUACCUUUUGGAGAAAUCCAGAGUUGUCUUCCAGGCCCAAGAGGAGAGGAAUUACCACAUCUUCUACCAGCUGUGUGCAGCCAGGAAGUUCCCAGAGAUGAGAACGCUGAAACUGGAGGCAGCUGAAUGCUUCCGCUACACAAAUCAAGGAGGGAGCACUCAGAUUCCGGGCACAGACGACCUCGCUGACCUUGAGCGGGUUCGCAACGCGCUCGCCGUUCUGGGUAUUCGCUCUGACCAACAGAUGGAGGUAUUUCGAAUUCUGUCCGCCGUCCUGCAUUUAGGAAACAUCAGCAUCCAAGCCAGCGGGAGAGGCGGCGAUCGAAGCUACGUCAAUGCUGAGGACCCUUCUUUGCUCGCGUUCUGUAAGCUGCUGGGGGUAGACCGCGCUCAGAUGGCUCACUGGCUGUGCAACCGGCGGCUCGCUGUGGGCGGGGAGAUGUUGGUGAAGCCCAUGUCGGGUCAGCAGGCCGGAGACGCGCGAGAUGCCCUGGCCAAGCAUGUGUAUGGGCAGCUGUUCUCCUGGACCGUCAGUCGGCUAAAUGUGGCUCUACGGGCAAAAAAAGAGAAGCCCGAUUCGUUCAUCGGUGUCCUCGACAUCUACGGGUUUGAGACGUUCGCCAGGAACAGCUUUGAGCAGUUCUGCAUAAACUAUGCUAAUGAGAAACUGCAGCAGCAGUUCAACCUGCACGUCUUCCAGCUGGAGCAGGAGGAAUAUGAGAGGGAGGGGCUUCCCUGGAGCAGAAUCGAGUUCAGUGACAACCAGCCGUGUAUCACUCUGAUCGAGGGGACCCUAGGGCUUCUGGAUCUGUUGGAUGAGGAGUGUAGGAUGCCCAAAGGCUCGGAUGAAAACUGGGCUCGGAAGCUGUACGAUCAGCACCAGAACCACAGCCCACACUUUGGCAAGCCGCGAAUGUCCAACUUGGCUUUCAUCAUCUUUCACUUUGCUGACACGGUUCGGUACGAGUGCGAUGGGUUUUUGGAUAAAAACCGAGAUACGAUAUUUGAAGAACCUAUCAACAUCUUGAGAGCUAGUCAGUCUGAGCUGGUGGCAGAGCUCUUUCUGAAGGAACCAGCAGGGGGAGUUCUCUCCUCCUCGAAACCCAGCGUUCCCAAUGGGAGCCUACACUCUGAAAAGAGGGCUCACAGGGAGCACAAGCAAACAGUAGGGUUCCAGUUCCGUCAGUCCCUGCAGCUUCUGAUGGAGACCCUGAACUCCACAAACCCCCACUAUGUCCGCUGCAUCAAGCCCAACGACCUCAAAGAGCCCUUUGCGUUCGACCCGAAGAGGGCGGUCCAGCAGCUGCGGGCUUGUGGAGUUUUGGAAACCAUACGGAUCAGCGCCGCUGGAUUCCCUUCAAGGUGGACCUAUCUGGAGUUCUUUAGCCGAUACCGCCUCCUAUUCCAUGGGACGGUGGACCAGGAGGAGCUGCGGGCCUCGUGCCAGCAGGCCUUGGCGGCCCUCAUCCCUGACCCGGAUCAGUACUGCUUUGGAAAGACCAAGGUGUUUUUCCGGGCCGGCCAGGUGGCGCUGUUGGAGAGGCUGCGUGCAGAAAGGCUCCGGGAGGCCGGAGUCACCAUCCAGAGCCGGGUCCGCGGGUGGCUGGCCCGGCGCCGCUACCAGAGAACCCGCUGGGCUGCUUUAACCCUGCAGAGAUAUGCCAGGGGAGGCCUGGCCAGGAGGUUGGCACGUACUCUGCGCUGCACUCGCGCCGCCCUGCUCAUCCAGAAGACCUUCCGCAUGGUGGCCGUGAGGAGGAUCUAUCUGCUGAUCCAGGAGGCCACUAUCACCAUCCAGGCCUUCAUCCGUGGCACGCUGGCACGCCGCCAGUACUGGAUGCUGGUGGCCCAGCGGGCGUCAGUGGUCCUCCAGGCGGCAGUGCGAGGCUGGCUGGCUCGCCGUGCGUACAGACGGACUCUGGCGGCCGUGCUGCUGCUGCAGUGCUGUGUGCGUCGCCGCGCUGCCCGGCGGGAAUUGCUGAAGCUGCGGGCAGAGGCUCGCUCCGUGGAGCGCUACCGAGAGCUCAACAAGGGCAUGGAGGUGAAGCUGAUGCAGCUGCAGCUACGAGCCGACCAGCAGGCCCGUGAGACUGCCAUUCUGCGAGAGGCACUGCAUGCAGAGAGGGAGUCCCACACCCUGGAGCGGGCUCGCCUGAAGGGGGCGCUGCUGAAAGUCGAGGCCCAGCUGCGGGAGCAGCCUCCCAAGUCACUGGCGGAAUCCCUGAGGGACGAGGAGGAGAGGCGGAGGGCAGAGGAGAGAUCAGCGCAGGAGGUGUCUCGGCUCACGCAGGAGGUGCAGGGCCUACAGGCGGAGAAGCAAGCUGUGGAGGACAAGUGGGCAGCACUGCGAUCCCGUUUGCUGGACCAGGAAGCACUGCAGGAUGAGCGGGUGGCGCGCUGUGUCGCAGAGGCCAGCGAGGGUCUCCGGGGGGAGCUGGAGGAAGAGAGGGGGCGCUACCAAGGCCUGCUGAAGGAGUUCACCCGGCUGGAGCAGAGAUACGAGAACCUGCGUGAGAUGAGUGUCCUGGCUGAGCGUUCCAGGGGAUGUCAGCGCAGCGAUUCCAGCCAGAGCCUGGUGCUGGAUCUACCAUCGCCGCCGUCCUCCUCGUUGUCCUGCUCCCCAACGUUCCCCGUGGCCGAAGAUGAGCGGCGAGUCAGUGUGACGUCGCCCUCUUGUGAGAGGAGGCUCUGGAGCCACGACCCGUCGCUGGACGCUUUGAUGGGAAGCAUGGAGGUACCUAAGGAUGCAGCAGAGCGGAUUCAGGGGGAGGACCUCAAGCUGGCCUACGACGCUGUUCGUGUGGCCAACAAGUUCCUGGAGGCCCAGCUGAUCUCACAGCGCUCCCAGUGGCGGGAGGAGCUGUCUGCACUCCGGCAGCGGGUAGAAGGUCCCCGGCAGACUCUGGCGCCCCCCGGUGGCCCCUUUCCCGCAGAGCUGCAGGACUUUAUUUCUGCUUUGUUGAGUGAAAAUGCGGAACUGGCAGAGCAUGUGGAUGCUGGACAGCAGGAGUGUCGCAGACUGGGCCGGGAGCUCGGGGACCUGAGACGCACCAGCACUCUGAGGAAAGCGCUGAUGAGGACGGCAUCUGCCGCGGGCUUGCCUUUCGGGCAGGAGGUGCGUCCGCCCCGGUGGAGGGAGCAGGAGGUGACAGGCUUGCUGGAGUGCAGGAAGAGGGACGAAGGGAAGCUGAUCCGGAACCUCAUCACGGACCUGCGAGUGGACUGCGCCCUGUCCCUCCCCCCCGGCCUGCCGGCCAGUGUGCUCUUCCUGUGCUUGCAGCAGGCAGACUGCACCGGGGACCAGGCCCGGGCGAGCUCCCUCUGCAGCGCUGCCAUCAACGGCAUGAAGGGGGCGCUCAAGAAGCACAGCGCUGACGUGGACAUGACAGCCCUCUGGCUGAAGAACAGCUGCCUGCUGGGUGACAUGAUCAGCCAGCACCAUGUGAGCCUCCUGCCCGCUGGCCGCCCUGUCCCCGGAGCCGUGCUGCCGCUGACCUGCGACCUGAGUGAGCAGCAGCGCCUCCUGAGUGACCUGUCCAUACAGACCUACCAGCAGCUCCUCUCCAUCACCGAGGCCCGACUGCAGCCCCUGAUCGUGUCCGCCAUCCUGGAGAGUGAGAUGAUCCCAAGCCUGGCAGCUUCGGGAGGGAAGCCGGUCGGCUCCCGCAAGAGGGCAGGGUCUGACGCCAAGCCCGGCACUGCGGAGCCCAUCACCAUGGCGACGGUGCUGCGGGAGCUGGGUGCGCUGCAUGCGGCGCUGUCCCGCCAGGCACUGCCCCCUGCCCUGCUGGAGCAGGCCUUUCGCCAGCUCCUGCACCUGCUGGCCGCCACCGCCUUUAACAACCUGCUGCUGCGUAAGGACAUGUGCUGCUGGAGCCGGGGCAUGCAGAUCAGGUAUAAUGUGAGCCUCCUGGAGGAAUGGCUUCGGAGCAGAGGGCUGCAGACAGGGGGCGCUAUGGCGUCCUUGGAGCCUCUGAUCCAGGCUGUCCAGCUGCUGCAAGUUAGCAAAAGAUCAGACGCUGACGCACAGGCCCUUGUCCAGACCUGCACUGCUCUCUCCAGCCAGCAGAUUGUGAAGAUUCUGAUGCUGUACACCCCUCACAGCGACAUCGAGGAGAGGGUGACGCUGAAUUUCAUUCGCACAGUGCAGGGCCUUCUGAAGGAGCGGCUCGACGGUCAGACUCGCCAGCUCCUCCUGGACGUCCGCCGCGUCUUCCCCGUCACCUUCCCUCACUCGCCAUCCCCUCUCCUAAGGGCUGACCAGCUGACCAUCCCAGAUUCUCUCAAGAUCUCCUUCCUGCGCAGGGUCUGAGGUGUGACUCAUUCUAGGGAGUCGCUUGGGUCGACAGAAUAAGUGGCCCUAAGGCAGGUUCCUUAUGAGGAAACCAUGCGUGAACAUGCAAGAGCCAAACGUUUUCCUCACAGCAGUAUGUGGUCCACAGUGCUAACUCUAUGUGAUGCUAAAAUAUAUGUCAUUUAUAAUAUAUAUGAAACAGCAUUUCGGCCUUAACACCACUAAACACUAUAAAGUAAUGCUUCAUAAUGCAUUCAUAAGCAACAUGCAAGUAUACUUUAACAACCCUAACCUACUUUAACAGCGUUAAUAUACAUUAACAGACAUUAUAUGAUAACAAACAUUUUAAUCAUAUAAGAAAAAUCAUAAUCUCAUAAUCAUGUAAUGUUUGUUAAUGUUUGUUCUACAAAGGCAUUAUGAAGGUGCAGUUUAUGUAAAGCUUUAACCAAUACAACCACAUGAUAAUUCUAUCAAUAAAUAAUCAGCAAUGAAUAAUUAGUUAACCACAGAAGUACUCAAGACUGAGUGGUAAAAUACAUAAGCCGUGCGUUUCGAACAAAUAAAUUCUGGGCGCUGUAGUUCAUGUCGUUUGUGAUUAAAAGGACCACGCUGGAAUCUGCAGAAGUGCAUUCUUUCCGGAAGUUUUUAUUGGAAGCAGAAACAGCGAUGCUGCAGUCCCCCACCUCUAUCCCCAAUAAGAACAAUCAUAAUAAUAAAAAAAAUUAUAAACA